UGCUCCCCGCCCAGCUCUCCGCUCGGACGCGCUUUGGUCCGCGUGCUCUAUGGGGAAAGCGGCCGCUCAGAGUAGAAGCGGCGGCUGCGGCGGCCGCUCGCGAGGGCUCUCGUCGCUGUUUACUGUUGUCCCCUGCUUGUCGUGCCACACGGCGACUCCAGGCAUGACUGCUGCCACUUCGGGCUGCGGGCUGGAGCCCAAGCCUCAGCCCCAGCUGGUGCCGGCUCCGGAGAGGGAGUCGUUGUCAGAACGCGUGCGGAGAUCCGAGCCUGGGUCGGAGACGUCGCCUGAGCCUCCGCCAGGCUCUGGGCAGGAAACGGAACUCCUGGGGUUGGGGCCGAGGUCAGAGUUGGGCCCAGGUGCAGGGCCUGGGUCGUUCAGCAGGGACUUAGCAGAACACCUGGCCCCGCUAGGGUCCGCAGUGGAGAGGGAGUCCUCGCUCAAACCUGAGUUCGGGUCGGUGCCAAAGCCUCUGUCUCUUCUGCGACCAGGACAGGCGAAGACGCCUCUUGGGGUUCCAGUGUCUGGGAAUAGCUCGAUCUCCAGUGACACAAUGGUCUCCUUCCCUCUGGACAGCUACAAGGGCUGGCUUCUCAAGUGGACCAACUACCUGAAGGGCUACCAACGCCGCUGGUUCGUGCUCGGUAAUGGUCUGCUGUCCUACUACAGAAAUCAGGGUGAAAUGGCCCACACCUGCCGUGGAACCAUCAACCUGGCCACUGUGCAGAUUGGCACGGAAGACUCCUGUGGUAUCUUGUUGAUCAGUGGGGCAAGGAACUAUCACCUCAAGAGCAGCUCAGAGGUGGACCGGCAGCAGUGGAUCACUGCCCUGGAGCUGGCCAAGGCCAAGGCUGUCCGCAUGAUGAACACCCAUUCAGAUGACUCUGGGGAUGACGACGAAGGAACUGCCUCCCCAGCUGACAAGAGUGAGCUCCAGCACACACUUAAGAACCUCACCCUGAAGUUAGAUGACCUCAGCACAUGCAGUGAUCUCAUUGCCAAGCACGGAGCAGCACUCCAGCGCUCCCUGAAUGAGCUGGACAGCCUCAAGAUCCCCCCUGAGAGUGGUGAGAAGCUGAAAGUUGUGAAUGAGCGGGCCACCCUCUUCCGCAUCACAUCAAAUGCUAUGAUCAACGCCUGCAGGGACUUCCUGGAAUUAGCUGAAAUACACAGCCGGAAAUGGCAGCGGGCACUGCAGUACGAGCAGGAGCAACGUGUCCAUUUGGAAGAGACCAUUGAACAGUUGGCCAAGCAGCAUAACAGCCUCGAGCGGGCCUUCCACAGUGGCCCCGGCUGGUCUGCCAACCCCAGCAAGAGCUUCAGCAAGGGAAGCCUCUUGACUCCCAAAGGAGAGGACAGUGAAGAAGAUGAAGAUACUGAGUACUUCGAUGCCAUGGAAGACUCUACAUCCUUCAUCACCGUGAUCACUGAGACUAAUGAAGAUAGAAAAGCCGAAGGUGGAACCAGCACAUGUGGAACUGGAGACUGGACCACAGCAGACAACGUGAGUGAGGUGCUAGAUGGAGCCUCACUUGUGCCCAAGGGCUCAUACAAAGUCAAGAGGCGUGUCCGCAUCCCUGACAAGCCUAACUACAGCCUUAACCUUUGGAGCAUCAUGAAGAACUGCAUUGGUCGUGAGCUCUCCAGGAUCCCCAUGCCAGUGAACUUCAACGAGCCCCUGUCCAUGCUCCAGCGGCUGACUGAGGACCUGGAGUACCACCACCUGCUGGACAAGGCGGUGCACUGCUCCAGCUCUGUGGAGCAGAUGUGCCUGGUGGCUGCCUUCUCUGUAUCCUCCUACUCUACCACUGUGCACCGCAUCGCCAAGCCCUUCAACCCCAUGUUGGGGGAGACCUUUGAGCUGGACCGCCUGGAGGACAUGGGCCUGCGCUCCCUCUGUGAGCAGGUGAGCCACCACCCCCCAUCAGCUGCCCACUAUGCAUGUUCUAAGCAUGGCUGGAGCCUCUGGCAGGAGAUCACCAUCGCCAGCAAGUUCCGGGGAAAGUAUAUCUCCAUCAUGCCACUCGGUGCCAUCCACUUAGAAUUCCAGGCCAGUGGAAAUCACUAUGUAUGGAGGAAGAGCACCUCAACUGUGCACAACAUCAUCGUGGGCAAGCUCUGGAUUGACCAGUCAGGGGACAUUGAGAUUGUGAACCAUAAGACCAAUGACCGAUGCCAGCUUAAGUUUGUACCCUACAGCUACUUCUCCAAAGAGGCAGCCCGAAAGGUGACUGGAGUGGUGAGUGACAGCCAAGGAAAGGCCCACUAUGUGCUGUCAGGCUCAUGGAAUGAGCAGAUGGAAUGCUCCAAGAUCGUGCAGAGUAGCCCCAGCAGCCCUGGCUCUGAUGGGAAGCAGAAGACAGUGUACCAGACCCUACCAGCCAAGCUGCUAUGGAGGAAGUACCCACUGCCGGAGAACGCAGAGAACAUGUACUACUUCUCCGAGCUGGCGCUGACCCUCAACGAGCUCGAGGGCGGCGUGGCGCCCACUGAUAGCCGCCUGCGGCCCGACCAGCGGCUGAUGGAGGAGGGACGCUGGGACCAGGCCAACACCGAGAAGCAGCGGCUGGAGGAGAAGCAGCGUCUGUCGCGGCGCCGGCGACUGGAGAUCUGCGCCCCUGGCCGCAGUUGCGGCGCGGAGGAAGGUGAGGCCGGGCGAGGAGGGGACCCAGGGGCAGAUGGGGUUACCCAGGGGAACAAGGGGGCACCCAGGAGAGGGGUUUACCCACCUCGGCCCGUGCCCAGCAGAGAAGGAGGCAGAUGGGUAUGUUCCACUGUGGUUCGAGAAGAGACUGGACCCGCUCACCAGAGAGACGGCCUACGUGUACAAGGGUGGCUACUGGGAGGCCAAGGAGAAGCAGGACUGGCAUAUGUGCCCCAACAUCUUCUGAGUGCCACCCCUGCAGCAAAUACUGAUGCCUGCACAGCCGGGUCCACCUUUUCCUUUAUGCACUCAAUUCAAUAGUGAAUCCCCCCCCCAAAAAAAAAGUUUGGGGAGCUCCUACCUUAGAAGGGGGAAGGGUUGACCCGGGUUCUCUCCAUCUCCCAGGUGCACCGGGUCACCUGUGCCCCCUUCACCAUGGACUUGGGCCCCAUGGGCACCCCAGCACCCACUUAACAUAACUCAGGCUGGCUGGCCCAGGCCAUCAGCUGCCCAGGGCACCAGCCCCAACCCAGGGAGGAACUGGCCCCUCCUUGGGAGCCUCUUUUGACUUUUUUAGAAAAGAGAAUCUCCAUUUCUUUCCAGCCAUGAUUUUUAGUAUAGUAUUUAGCAGAUAGCUUUCUAAGUGUACUUUCUUGCCAUAAAAUUGUCCUGGCAAGAUUCCCUUUUAAAGACAUCAGGAAGCCAGAACCCUUUGAAUUGGGAGCGUUUUGUAGCUCAACAUGGCAGAGCCCUCUUUCUAUCUGAGCUACCCAUCCACCUGGAGCCUAGGGCCCACAGAGACGGAGCAGAAGGGGGCUGCCCUGGACCAGCCGAGCACAAAUGGUCUUGGGAGUGACAACCCAUGACUGGGAUGGGGGACUUCUGAGUGUCCCCAUGCAGAUUGAGGGCAGUAGCCCCUUGCCUACCUUGGCCAUGCUGAGGCAGCACCUAGCCCCAAAGAGGCCAAGAAGGGCUGAAAAGGAGGGCCCACCGGUGCUCCCUGCCCUGAGAACCAGGCCCCAAAUCAGCAAUAACAAACCCUCUGCACAACCUGGGCUGGUGACCUGGGCACCACUGACCCAGCAUCCCACCUCAUCCUCAGGUGGCUCCAGGGGUGCCCAUCUCAGCACCCCCUGAACUCUUUAUUUGCCUAAUAUAUAUAUAUGAUAUAUAAAUAUAUAAUAGCUAUUUUGCUUAAAUUUCUAUAGUAUGUAAAAGUGAAAAAUGAUGAAGACAGGGCACACCUGUCUGAGUUUGGCCUCCCAUAAGCUGUGCCCUGCCCUCUCAUACUCCUUCUGAUGGCUUCUGCCAAUCUUAAGGGGAUUGGACCACUGUGGCCAGUCCCAGCCCUCAGAAAUCCCUUCUCUAACUUUUCCUACUUCAGUUUGGUCCUGAAAGUUCAUUGUGGGGUUUUUCUUUCUACUCCAGGACUGGUUUUUAUAUUAAAAAAAAAAAAAAAAAAG